AUGUCCUCAAACAGUACGUCGCAAUAUUCUGCGACCGAUCCUGCCUCCGGUCCCGGUCCUCACGAGUCGCCGACUCCCGACCCGCCCACCGACUCCGACAACGAAAACCCGGACUCGGGCCGGCAGCCACAACAAGUAACACAGUCCCAAUCACCUACUCCGGGUUCACGCCAUCGCGAUGUUGCACCCCGAGAUUUCGUACGCCUCUUUCAAUGUCAGAUUUGCUCGCUACCACUUGACGAGCCUAUCAGUCUCCCAUGUGGUAAAAGCAUGUGCCGGCGUUGUCUUCCAAACACUCACUUGCGCGCCAAUAUAACAUAUCCUGCCGUUCCCGAUCGACUUCGCGGUUUCCGAUGUCCCUUUGAGGACUGCGGGAAAGAACAUGCUCUUGGCGAUUGCGCUGUCGACGUGGUUCUCAACAAAACGGCCCAACAUGUGAGGGAAGAAAUAGAGCGUUUCAAGCGCGAGUCUUUGACUACUGAGUUGGCAACAAGAGUCAUGUGGCAGGAUCCUUGGGCUGCUGCAGGCAUUGCUUCUAUGCGGAAUGACAAUGAUGCGUACUCAAAAGUCAUACCAGGUGGAAAGGUCAUAGCCACAUAUCGUUUGGCAGAAGAAGGUGAUCUUUCUUAUGAAGCUGAUAUUUCCUAUGACGAGAUCAUCUCGGCAACCCCGUCACCACCUCCCGACGUCGACGACACAGGGCUCGUUCGGAAGGCGCAAGACGCUACUCGCGCUGAAAUGGACUGCCAGGUCUGCUACGCGCUUUUCUACGACCCUCUCACAACGACCUGUGGACAUACUUUUUGCAGGUCGUGCUUACAUCGUAUCCUUGACCAUUCACGAUAUUGCCCAAUAUGCCGUCGUUCAUUGGCCAUCAGCCCUUUACUCAAUCAGACUCUGUCACCGUCCAAUCAAACUAUCAAGCGAAUCAUCGAAACAUUUUGGUUGGAAGAAGUAAACGCCCGGAAAGAAGCGUUGGAUGCUGAACGUGUUACGCAAAUGGAAGAGUACGAUACUUCUCUUUUUGUGUGCACUCUAUCAUUUCCUCACAUGCCGACAUUCCUACAUAUUUUUGAGCCAAGAUACAGGCUUAUGAUUCGAAGAGCGGUUGAAGGAGAUCACACGUUUGGCAUGGUAAUACCAAAACGACGUCAAUAUCCUGGUGAUACUGAUUUCCACGAACUGGGCACCUUGCUUCGAAUUGUCAAUAUUCAAUUCUUUUCUGAUGGACGAAGUCUCAUAGAGACUGUAGGUCUGUCGCGCUUCCGUGUUCUUGAACACAACUUCCUUGAUGGAUACAUGGUUGGCAAGACUGAACGAGUUGAUGAUGUCAGUCUUGAGGACGAAGAAGCAGCCGAAGCCGCUGAAGCAAGUCCAAUGGAGACCGAAUCUAACCAAGACCCUAUUCAUAUUCUGGAGGGAGACAAAGAACCUACAGAGCAACCAUCAACGUCGCCCUUACCGCGCUCAAGUUCAUCAAGUCCUCAUAUGCCAACAUCCGCGGCCGAUAUCGACGCAAUGUCAACACAAAGCUUGAUGCAGUACGCUUCAACCUUUGUCUCACGAAUGCGAGAACAAAGUGUGCCAUGGUUGACUGAACGGAUGUUGACUAUAUAUGGCGAAUGUCCGGAAGAUCCUGCCAUAUUCCCUUGGUGGUUCGCCAGUAUGCUACCUGUUAAGGAUAUUGAGAAAUAUCGACUCCUAGGAACAUCCAGUGUACGCGAGCGUCUCAAGCUCUGCUGCACAUGGAUUGUGGAAUGGGAGAUGGCCCGAUGGUGA